AUGGCAGUGCCAAUGGCGACCCCAGAGCCCGCACUCUGGCCGGGUUGGCUGAAACGUGAGCCCGGCACUGAGGGCAAAGGCCCAGGAAAAGCGCAGCUCCUCCGCUCCCUCCCUCGCCCCCACGCGUUCAGGACUACAUUUCCCAGCGUCUCUUGCGGAGGAGGCGGGGUGGGGGGGGGGUCUCCCCUGCGCUUGGACUACGUUUCCCAUAGGGCCCUGCGGCCCGGCCGGAGAUUUCCUCAGCUUCUCGGGGCUGCACCGUCUCCGUCGGACUCCACUUCCCGGGGGCGCCCGCGGCGGGGCGGCCCGAGGGCGGGGGCGGGGACGGGGCGGCGGGCGGCCCGGGGCUGGGGAGGCCGCCGCCGCCGCCUCCCUGAGCCUGCCGGGGCGGCCGCCUCCGCGAUGCCGCUGCUCGUGGAGGGGCGGCGAGUGCGGCUGCCUCAGUCCGCCGCGGACCUCGUCCGAGCCCACCCGUUUCUGGAGGAAAGAGCCAGACUUCUCAGAGGUCAGUCUGUUCAACAAGUGGGACCCCAGGGCCUUCUGUAUGUUCAGCAAAGAGAGCUUGCAGUGACCUCCCCAAAGGAUGGCUCCAUCUCCAUUCUGGGUUCUGAUGAUGCCACCACUUGUCACAUUGUGGUCCUGAGGCACACAGGUAAUGGGGCUACCUGCCUGACACACUGUGACGGAACCGACACCAAAGCUGAGGUCCCCUUGAUCGUGAACUCCAUAAAAUCCUUUUCCGACCACACUCAAUGUGGAAGGUGAGCUCCACGCUACUCUCUUUUGUGACAGUGGGAACUUGGCACCAUCGCGUAGCGGAAACAGCCGUGGCAGGAGUUCCAGCGACGUGGGCUGUCCCCAGCGCAGUGGUCGCCUCGCCCUCCUGGAGCAGCACGUGGCCCAGGGUCGGCCCCACCAUCAGCAGCUGCUGAGGGAGCGAGUGGGUGGCGGGUACGGGUAGGGAAUCAGAGGGAAGCUUGGACUUCGAACCUGUAGUUCAGUUCUCAGUAUGUGCUCUUAGACGUCUGUGUGUCAGAUGAUGCCUUGCUACACCCUAGCAGUGGAAUCUCUUCAUUCCUUCAGAAGUUGUUCGUUGAACGUUUCCUGUGAGCUAGAACUUGUCAUCGGUGCCAGCGACAUAGCAGUGACCAGAGUAGACACACCCUGCCCCCCAGGGGCUCAUCUUCCACAGCAAGGGGACAGCAGAAUGGGAUGCUAGUGGAGGACAGCUGUGCUGGGUGGUUCUGGGCAAACUCAGACUCACUCUGUGCUGCUAGCUUCCCCGCCUCGGACUGAUCCAUCUGCCUCCUGUUUCCAAGCUGUGAGGAGAACAAGGCCGGGGAGCAGCUGGGGAAGGCCAGGAGGAAGGCGGUGCCGUUCUCAGUGUUGCGGAUUCUGUGCAAGAGCUGACGCACGCCCUGGGCGUCCACCACAGCACCUGACCCUCUUACGGGUGACAGAAAGGGUGACCACCUCAGUUUCCCAUGUGUGGCCCUGAGAUUCGGCUUCCCAGAGUCACUCAGCUAGUCGAGCAGGAGGCCUGUGACCCUGGCCUGGCUGUCUGGCCAGUGUUCACGCCUGUCCCCUCCCCUUUCUGGUUGGCAGGCCUUGCUCUCAUCUGAUUUGAAGUCUAAGGCAGCAGUUCAUUUGAAUGAACUAGUCCAGUCCUAUGCAAGUUGUUAGAAUCCCAGGGGUUGA